CGAACUCGGGAACGUGCAACCGACAGGUAAGGCGGAUGCAAAACAAAUUCGACGUCGAGAUAAGACAAACACACACACACACACACACGGAAAGUCGGAAUGGUGAUUUGCAUGUGCAUGUGCCAUCAAUUAUAUCGGGAGCCACAUCAUGUAAGACAAGAUCCCACCUCAACGCCGUUGCCCCCCACGGCGAGACAAGAAACCCCCCAAAGGUCCUGCCAGUCAUAUAAAAAUGUAUCAUGCGGCUCGGCCGAGACAGAGAAAG